AUGGCCCUUCGCAGCGUGUCUUUGUUGCUUUUGGUGGUGGUUGGCCUCGCUCAUGAGACAGCACCAUCAAAGCCUGAUGCGACUGCUGCAGUUGGGCCAGCAAACGAGACUAGUUCCACAUGGAGCAACUUCGUAUAUUGCAAGUGCGGACUCACAUGCGUGAAGCAGAUGGGAUCUUGGUACAUCUUCGACCUUGGCCAGUCCUGUGCUUGCCAAGCUUGUCCUGAAGAACCUGCAGAUGCCACAGGACACUUGCGAGGAAGCCAGGAGACUGCGCCAAAGGAGAUUCCAAGCCAGGAGAACCACGAGACAGAGCCCAAGCCAGCGGAAAAGCCUGACGCUGCCGAGCACACCAAGGACACUGAGGGCACCGAGACAAAGUUGAGUCUCAAGAGUCUGAAGAUCGCCCCAUCCACAGAGAAUGAGGACAAGUGGGAAGGUGCCAGUGUGAGCGGUAGCAACAUGCUCUACUGCAAAUGCGGCAAGAAGUGCGCAUAUGGUCGGCAGUUGGGUCUCUACACUUACUACUGCUUCCGCUACGGCUGCAAUGUGAAGCAGAUGGGAUCUUGGUACAUCUUCGACCUUGGCCAGUCCUGUGCUUGCCAAGCUUGUCCUGAAGAACCUGCAGAUGCCACAGGACACUUGCGAGGAAGCCAGGAGACUGCGCCAAAGGAGAUUCCAAGCCAGGAGAACCACGAGACAGAGCCCAAGCCAGCGGAAAAGCCUGACGCUGCCGAGCACACCAAGGACACUGAGGGCACCGAGACAAAGUUGAGUCUCAAGAGUCUGAAGAUCGCCCCAUCCACAGAGAAUGAGGACAAGUGGGAAGGUGCCAGUGUGAGCGGUAGCAACAUGCUCUACUGCACCUAG